AUGGUUGUCCAAAUACCAGAAAUUGCAGAAAUAAAGUGUGCUGCCCUAGAAGAUGACCCGAAAUCCCCAUUCGUACUCCCCUUUGGGCGGAAGACUACGAAGGCCAAAAUCAUUGUCUUUGGAAUUACAUUGGUACUGGAGUUGUUGGUUAAUGAGAUCCACCAUGAAGUACUUGGAGCAAAGGCUGAGGCAAGGAGAAGCACAACGCAGUAA